CUCAGUCCCUCCACACCUGAUCCAUAUCAGUAUCACGAUUCUCACCAAAUAAAAUCCCAUACUAGUCAAAACCGAAUUAACCAAUCCUCCAAACAUCAAAGUCCAAGCUCCACAAAACAAAAAUGGAUAUUACAUCAUACUACUCCAAAUAUUCUAUAAUCUCAAUACUAUCCAUAUUCAGCUUGUUAUUCUUUCUCCAAGGAGCUCAUGGAGACGAUGGAGGUUGGCAAGGUGGCCACGCCACGUUCUACGGUGGCGCCGACGCUUCCGGCACAAUGGGUGGAGCUUGUGGCUACGGAAAUUUAUAUAGCCAAGAUUACGGGACGAAUACGGCAGCUCUGAGCACGGCUUUAUUCAACAACGGACUCACGUGCGGCGCGUGCUACGAGAUGAAGUGCAACGGUGACCCGAGAUGGUGUCUAGGUUCCACUAUCACUGUCACAGCUACUAACUUUUGUCCACCGAACCUUGGCCUCUCCAACGAUAAUGGUGGAUGGUGCAAUCCUCCUCUUCAGCAUUUUGAUUUAGCUGAGCCAGCUUUUCUCCAGAUCGCUCAGUACCGUGCCGGCAUUGUCCCUGUCUCUUUCCGAAGAGUGCCGUGUAUGAAGAAAGGAGGGAUAAGGUUUACAAUCAACGGACACUCUUACUUCAACCUUGUUCUGAUAUCAAACGUAGGAGGAGCAGGAGACGUCCACGCCGUCUCGAUAAGAGGCUCAAAAACAGGGUCGUGGCAAGCAAUGUCUAGGAACUGGGGACAGAACUGGCAGAGCAACUCUUACCUCAACGACCAGAGCCUCUCGUUCCAGGUCACCACCAGUGAUGGUCGCACCCUCAUUAGCAAUGACGUGGCUCCUUCUAAUUGGCAGUUUGGACAAACCUACGAAGGCGGUCAAUUCUAAACCCAACGUUCAUCUCGUCUCUAGUGUUUGGGUGUUGACGUGGCUGCAUAUUAGAUGAGGUUGCUCGUACACACACCCGCCAUAGCUUAACCUACUUUGUUGUUCUCUUAUUUACGGGCUGUUGCCUACGAAGAGCAAAGGUUUUUCAUUUGUUUUUUACAUGUUCAUUGAAUUUAGCCUUUUGGCAUACUUUACCUUGUAAUCUAAAAUCGAUUAGCCUUUUGGCAUAAGAAGCAUUAUAAAACGAGUUUAUAUUAUUAA